GGUUAAGAAAAAUUACUCCCCCUUCUUCUCUGUUUCUGAAUCAGACACUGCAGAAGGAGAUCCAGGGUCACCAGCCGCGUAUUGAUGAAAUCCAAAGACGAGGCCAGACUCAGAGCCAGGUGGACGGUGAGAGGCAGUCGGCCCUUGAGGAGCGCCUGGUUGAGCUGGGGGAACUCUGGGACCAGUUGAAAGCCGAGACAGACAAGCGCCAUGAUCGUCUAAUAGAGGCCAACCGCGCCCAGCAGUUCUAUGCUGAUGCGGCGGAGGCAGAGGCCUGGAUGGGAGAACAGGAGCUGCACAUGAUGUCAGAGGAAAAGGCCAAGGAUGAGCAAAUAGCGCUAGUGAUGGUCAAGAAGCACCAGACCCUGGAACAGGCCCUUGAGGACUACGCCCAAACCAUCCACCAGCUGGCCAACAGCAGCCGCCUUAUGGUCACCAGUGAACACCCAGAGAGUGAGAGGAUCACCCUACGGCAAGCACAAGUGGACAAACUGUAUGCAGGGUUGAAAGACCUCGCUGAGGAGCGUCGCGGGCGUCUUCAGGAGAGGCUGCGGCUGACCCAGCUGAAGCGGGAGGUGGAUGACCUGGAGCAGUGGAUUGCUGAGAGGGAGGUGGUAGCUGGCUCCCACGAACUAGGACAGGACUAUGAACAUGUCACUAUGCUGAGGGACAAGUUCCGGGAGUUUGCUCGUGACACCAGCACCAUCGGCCAGGAGCGAGUAGAUGGAGUCAACGAGCUGGCAGACGACCUGAUUGAGUCGGGUCACCCUGAGAACGCCAGCGUGGCCGAGUGGAAGGACGGGUUGAACGAGGCCUGGGCCGACCUGCUGGAGCUGAUCGACACACGCACACAGAUGUUAGCAGCCUCCUACGAGCUGCACCGCUUCCACCAGGACGCCAUGGAGGUGCUCGGACGUGUGAAGGAGAAGAAGGAGGGUCUGCCUUCAGACCUCGGCCGGGAUCUGAACACCGUUCAGCAUCUACACAGGCAGCACAACACGUUCGAAAAUGACAUCCAGGCCCUCAGCGGACAGGUGAACCAGGUGCAAGAUGACGCUGCACGCCUACAGAAGGCUUACGCUGGAGAGAAAGCUGAUGACAUUAACAGGAGUGAGAAUGCUGUGUCUAUUGCCUGGGAGGCUCUGCUGAAGGCCGGUCAGGCCCGCAGGCUCCUCCUGCUGGACACUGUGGAGAAGUUCCGCUUCUUCAACAUGGUGCGAGACCUCAUGCUCUGGAUGGACGGCGUCAACCUGCAGAUAGACGCUCAUGACAGCCCCAGGGACGUGUCCUCUGCGGGGCUGGUCAUUGCCAAUCAUCAGGAUAUCAAGUCAGAGAUUGAGACCAGGGCUGACAGCUUCACCGCCUGCGUUGAUUUGGGAAAAUCUCUCAUCAACAAUAAUCACUAUGCAUCUGAUGAGAUCCGGGAGAAACUGGCUCAACUGCAAGAAAAGAGAGAAAGGAUCAACAGAAACUGGCAAGACAAGAUGGACCAUUUACAAAUUGGUAUGCAUCCUUACCAUGUUUUAUAG